AUGGUGCCAGGGCCCACACUCCGCGCCCAGGGCCGGCCACGCGGCCUCAGCCCCUCUGAGCUGGAGCCUCUGGGCCAGCUUGCCUGCGUCCUGCCCUCCAGCCAGGGAGCCCUCAAGGGGCCUCCCGUGCCCAUCGCGUCCUGCCGACAGGGCCCUGGGGACCCAUGUCGCCGCAGCCCCCCACUUGCCCAGCUGGCUGCAAGAAUAACCGCCCCGCCCAAGGUGGCCCUCUGGCUCUGCUCAUACAGUGUGUGCUCGCCUUCCCUGUCGCCCGUGCCCCCACUCAGCGUGUGCUGCCCCUUGCUCAGCGCCAGGCUCGCCCCCUCUGUGUCCCCCUCGCUCAUGCUGCUGCUGUCUCCCCGGUGCUGGGGUCCUGGAGAAGCAGGGCCGCAACCGGUCGGGCACAGCCAGGCGAACGCGAGCGCCGUGCGGAACAACACCUAUACAGUGCUGACCGCUUGCUGGCAGAGGAAGCGGGCAGGGCGCUGGGCAUGGGCGCAGGGCCUAUCCUGCAGUGGUGCUGGCGGCGCCUGCUCGGGCCUGCUGGCACGCAGCGGGAUGGCGAGCGAGGCCGCAACGGGCGAGGAAGCAGCUGAAGCUCUACGAGAUGGCAUGUCAGCCAGAGCCCACCAGCCCCUGCUGCGGCCACCUAUCUCCCUUGAACACUCCCAGCCGCGGCAACAUAAUGCGCCGUGGUCCACCUACAAUCACCGACAGCUCUACUUCUGCCUGGUCUGCAUGCACGGGCCUCAGUGCCCUCUAUCUCCUCGCGCCCCGCAAGAUCGAAGGUUCGAGAGGCGACUGGCACUGAGCUGCGCCGUGAGGCCUGGUGGGUGCCCGCGCUCGUCCCUUCAUGAACUCGCUGGAGUUCGUGCAACGCCGUCAUCCAGGUGGGCAGGCCCGAGCCCGCGGGCGCCCGCCUCAGCGCCCGCCAGCACUGUGCCGGCCUCAGCCAGCCUGCCCAGCACGUGCUGCCCGAGAUCCCCGUCCUGCCUGGCCGACGGGGCACUGUGCCCGCACCGCCUCAGCCCCGCCCUGCCUCAGCACCGUGCCUGCCCGAGAUCCCCAUGCCUGUCCAGACUGAGGGCUUACCAGCACCGUGUCCGCUUAGCCACAGCCCUGCCCGCACUGUACCCGCGCCCCGAGAUCCCCCGUUCUACUAUUCCAGCGAAGGGCACCGUGCCCUCAGCAGCCCUGCUCAGCACCGGCCCCCGCCGAGAUCUCCUGUCCACCAAGGGCUUCCAGCCCGUGUCCGCCCAACAUCCCCUGCCUGAGCCCAGUCCGAGGGCACCCUGUCCGCCUCAGCCACCCUGUCCAGCACUGUGCCUGCCCCCGAGAUCUCCCAUCCUGCCGCUGGGGGCUGUGCCCACCUCGCCAGCCCUGUUCCCUAGUCACCGUGCCGCCGAGAUCUCCCAUGCCUGCCUGGCUGAGGGGCGUGCUGCCAUCAGCCUGCCCGCCCAGCAACCGUGCCACCCAGCGAUUUCCCAUACCUGCCUGCCGAGGGGGCCCAUGUGCCUGCCUCAGCCCACCCUGCCAGCACGUGUGAGCGGCUGUGGCAGAUCGCAGCGUCUGCGCAGCUCGGGAGGGACCCAAAGAAUCCUGCAGUCCCUGCUGUGGGCCUGGACCCACUCUCGACCCCUUGGCUCCCUGCAGGUUGCCCACAUCCGCUGGUCCAGCGCAGCUGGGUGCGGGGAAGGGCGAGGAGGGACCCGCGGGGGCAGAGUCAGUGACGUGCCCACCAGCCGGAGACACUCGGCGCAGCGCUGGUUCCGGCGGCACAAGGCAGCCGGGGGCUCCUCAGGCAGCGCCCGCUCUGCCUCGCGCUCUCCCUCCGGCCGCCAUCCCGCCUUGUUCUCUGCUGGCCGGGGCGGGGCCCCCCUCGCAGCUGCCACCCUGAAGUUUCUGGCCGUGCUCCUGGCCGCAGGGAUGCUCGCGUUCCUUGGUGCAAUCAUCUGCAUCAUCGCGAGCGUCCACCCUGCGGCCAGCCCCGCCGGAGCUCUCCGCGGUGCUGACAAUGACUCCAGCGCCGCCGCCGACAAGGCGCCGGGCGCUCUCCACGGUGCUGGGCAGAGCUUCUCGGGCAGCCCGCAGGACUCCCUGCUGGAGCUGCUCUCCAGCAGCGCCCGGCCCCGCCAGCAGCAGCAGCAGCACCAGCCGCUCUUCAGCCGCUUCCUCUGCACGCCGCUGCCGGCCGAGUGCCCCUCCGACAGCCCCGCGGCGGGGGACGGCCCCGCGCCCGCCGAGGACCUCUUCUUGCUGCACGCCGCGGCCGAGCAGCUGAGGCAGACGGCGCUGCAGCAGAGGGACCAGAUCCUGAGCGACUGGGAGACCAUCCGCGAGCUGACGGGCAAGCUGAGCCAGUGCGAGAACGGGCUGGAGCUGAGCUUCCAGGACAGCGCCGCUCUCUGGGGCGGGCCCCGCAAAGACACCAUGGGCGACCUGCCCUGGGACUCGCCUGCCAUGGUCCAGGAGCUGGAGGAUGCUGUCCGGUCGCUGAAAGACAGGAUCGACAAGAUAGAGCAGGAGCUCCCAGCACGAGCCAACAUCUCCACCUCCUCCUCCCCUGUGCUGACCCGAGAUGUGCUCCACACCAAGAUGGAGGAGCUAGAGGAGCAGCUUCUCUCCAAGAUACUGUCUCUGGAGAAAGAACGCUCCUCCGUUACCAGCAACAAUGGCCAGCAGCAACAAGAGGUGGAGAAGGAGCUGAGCGUUCUCCAGAGCCGGGUUUCUGAGUUGGAACAGGAGCACCCAGGAGCACCAGACUUUAACCCUCCAAAUGCCUACAAGGUGACCAUCCCCGUACGGACCAACUACAUGUACGCGCGCAUGAAGAAGAGCCUGCCGGAGCUUUUCGCCUUCACAGUCUGUAUGUGGCUGAAGUCCAAGGCCUCCUCAGGGCUGGGCACUCCUUUCUCCUAUUCUGCCCCCGGGCAAGCCAACGAGAUUGUGCUGAUGGAGUGGGAACACAGCCCCAUGGAGCUGCUCAUCAACGAUAAGGUUGCCGAGCUGCCCCUGAAUCUGAAGGAUGGGACAUGGCACCACAUCUGUAUCGCUUGGACCACCCGGGAUGGCAUAUGGUGGGCGUAUGAGGAUGGUGAGCAGCGUGGGUCCAGUGAGAACCUGGCCGCCUGGCAUCCCAUCAAACCCAACGGGGUGAUAAUCCUGGGCCAGGAGCAGGAUACGCUGGGCGGGCGAUUUGACGCGACCCAGGCCUUCGUCGGUGAGAUAGCUCAGUUCAACAUAUGGGACCAUAUCCUGACACCCACCGAGAUCCUGGGCCUGGCCAACUGCACCUCCCACCUGCAAGGCAACGUGAUCCAGUGGGACGACGAACUAGUGGAGGUCCUUGGGGGCGCCACCAAGUGGAGCUUCGAGAUAUGUGAGGAGAGGAUGAAGGCAUGAGAAGCCCCCCCACCCCCACCCAU